AUGUCCUACAGCUUCAGGAGUCACAGUGGGCCCUUGAUCGAGCAGGUCCAGGCUCUUAUCAUCCCUUGCUUAUGUUCGGUCGAGGGCGACAAUUUUGGCCCUGCCAGCCGGCGUCUCUGGGGAAUAGCCGUGGCUAAGGUGGAGGCGAGUCUUUUCAUCGUUCGCAGCGUCCUCGGCGUCUCGGAUGACAUCCGGCUCCGUGAACCUGGGCAGAAACUCAACUACGCAUACUCCCAGUUCUGGGAUCUGUUAGGGAAGCUGGUGUUUUGCAACGGGCAAGAGCAAGGGAGCAUGUCGAAUUUGCAACAAUUUUGCGAAAGUUUAAAUCAGAUCGCCAGACCCACUGCACCUUCCCACCCCGACGCUCCCCAGGGUGGCUCCGAGUGCUUGCUCGCACCUGGCUCGACCGUCAACUCGAAAGAGCAAGCGGCAAGAUUGCAGAAACAAGAGGCCAACCCUCAGCUUUGGUGUUCAGUUUAUUUGCUCGACUGA